AUGCCCGCAGCAGCGCCUCUCUUCAACCCUAAGGUCCAUCUGGCCUACCAGAAACGAAAGGCAAUCCUUACAAUGAAAGAUAUCAAACUUGAUCCAUCUCCCAUAUCUCAAGUAGCAUCCACAGACCCGUUUCAACUCCUCUCCAACGAGGGUGUGAAGGCCUUCCGCCGGGAACUCUUCUCUAAAAAUGUCCUAGAGAACUGUUCGUUCCCCACGAGGCCCGGCUCCGUCCAGCUACGCGGCAUGGCACCGCGAUACGCUCCAUUCACAUACCAGUUCUGGACUUCUCUAGAAGUCCUUGGUAUUAUCCGGGACCUCGCUGGCGUGGACCUAGUUCCGGUCUUCGAUCAUGAGAUCGCUCAUACGAACAUCCAACUUGGGCCUCACGGCUUAGAUGGUGUGAAAGAUACACCUUCCAAAAAAGAAACAAGCAAGCCUGUUGUUCCGUGGCAUAGGGACUCAUAUCCCUUUGUUUGUGUUGUGAUGCUAUCCGAUACGACCUCGAUGAUUGACGGUGAGACCGAGAUGGCCAAAGGAGAUGGAAGCACCGUCAAAGUUCGCUCCCCGACCAUGGGAGGUGCUGUCAUCAUGCAAGGUCGUCACGUCAGCCACAUUGCCAUUCCAGCUGGUAAUAUGCCUGAGCGCAUUACGCUUGUCACAUCGUUUCGCCCACGGGAUCCUAUUAUAGUCGAUGAUUCGUCGCUUAUGAACGUGCGCACAAAAUCCCUUCUGCCAGAAAUUUAUUAUCAGUGGGUUAGCUACCGCUUGCGACUUCUGGGCGAGCGAUUCAAGGAUGAGGCUGAUAAGCUCAAUGCUCGGUAUACUGAUGCUGUCGCUCUAACUGACGAGGCGAAGCCUGGUUUUUGUCGCAAGGAGACUGUUGAUUUUGACGGUCUGACAAAUUGGAUGGAUGAACAAAUGCGGUAUAUGCGUCAGACGCUUUUUGAGAUGCGUCCUGUUACUGAUGAAGAUAAUAUCAACAAGAACUAUAUUCCACGGAUAGACUGA